CUUAAUGAGCAAGGGCUGAGAUUCUCCCCAAGAGUUGUGCCCUGCAAUGUUUCAUUUUCAAAUAAGAACGGAAUGCUUCCCAAACAGCACACUAAGUAUGCUCUGCAGCUCUGAGAUGUGACCAGGGAGGCAGGUCCAUCACUGACAUCAUUUGUUUGGGGGCUGAGCUGCUGAGAAGCAAAGGCUGGCAGGGUGGAGAGCCCGUAAGUCAUUAGCAGGAGUGUCUGGUGGUGGACGUGUGUGUGUCUCUCGGAAGCCAGCUUGCUUGCUCCACGGAAGGAAGGGCAGGCAGCCCUGUGUGAAUUGCAUAGGAAUCAAAAGGCUUCCCUGGAUAUGUCAGCGACAACUGCAGCUGUCCUUCUCUCUCUCUUCCUAGAGGCUCACCUUUCUGCACAAGCACCUGUCAACGGGUCCAAGUGGUCUUAUAUGGGUUCUUCUGAUGGGGAGAGAGUGUGGCCCAAGAUGUUCCCCUUUUGUGGAGGAGUAUUCCAGUCUCCAAUUGAUUUUCACAAUGACAUUCUCCAGUAUGAUUCAACUCUUCUGCCUAUCGAACUGGAAGGCUACAAUGUCUCCUCCACCGAGGAGUUUAUUUUGACCAAUAACGGACAUUCAGUAAGAAUGAGUCUUUCUCAAAGCAUGCACAUCCGGAGCCUCCCUUCCCACUAUUCUGCCGCUCAGCUCCAUUUACACUGGGGAAACCGGAACAAGCAGGAAGGAUCUGAACACACAAUUGGCGGGAGGCAUUUUGCUGCUGAACUCCACAUCGUACAUUACAACUCUGACAAAUAUCUGGACGUGAAAUCAGCAAUGGACAAAUCAGAUGGACUGGCAGUCUUGGCAAUCCUGAUUGAGACAGGCCCAUUCAAUCCAUCGUUCGAAAAGAUCUUCAGCCAUUUUCAGAAUGUGAAAUACAAAGAUCAGGAAACCUUCAUCCCGGGUUUCAACAUCCAAGAUUUGCUCCCAGACAGACUGGAUGAAUAUUACCGCUAUGAAGGAUCCCUGACCACACCUCCUUGCUACCCAAGUGUUCUUUGGACGGUUUUUCGAAAGCCAGUACAAAUUUCAGAGGAACAGCUGCUGGCCCUGGAAAGCACUCUGUACUGCACACAGCCAAGUGACCCUGCCCCUCUUGAAAUGGUGGACAACUAUAGGAGAGUCCAGGAGUUUGAUGAAAGGCUGGUUUCUGUGUCCUUCCGGCAAGGUUUUGUCUCAUUUGUUGUAUUAGCCAGUACCUUCGGCAGUGUCUUCAUUCUCGUGGUAGCCUUUUGGCUGAUUCGAAGGAAGAAGAGCAUCAAACAAACAAGGGAAGAGAACGGGGUCAUCUACAAGCCAGCGAUCAGCAAAGAGGAGAAUAUUUCCAAAGCAUAAGCUUCUGUUGAGUUACCUAAGUAGCCACUCAAUCACUGCUUUCCCAAACAUUUGCACAUCCUUAACAGCUCAGACAUUACUGUUAUCUCUUGCUUUAUCACUCAAACCUGCUGGAUUGUUUUUGCCUGAGCUCAAAAAGAGACAUGUUCAGCUGUUCUCCUUUGUGCAAUAGAAUAUGAAAGGACAGAGUUUGCUCUCAGGUAAACGUGCAACAGAUAUGUGCCUUAAUAUUCCCUCCCUCCACAAAAAAUUUUUUCCCUAAAGUGUAAAGUGUAUCAAACAACAUAUUAGAAGCUGUGCUGAACUUUGUUUAUGUUAUGACCUCAAAUAUGAGCUUUACGAGCAAGGCUAACAAAAAGUACUAUAGUUUGAAGAAAGCUUUUCAUGUGUAUGAAAAUGUGACUCCCCUCCCCCUAUCAGAAAACCUGUGCUGCUAAUGUUAAGGAAUCACCUGUAUUAGGGAGCAGAUGACACGAUUUGUGCCAGGUUGAAAGAUCAUGUCAAUAAUAGAUUUGGAACAGUGGGAAAUAUUGAGAGGAAAAUGAGCAAAUUUGGAUAGAAAACCUGCUUUGGAUACAGGUUUCCCAGUGCCCGUUUUAAGCAGUUUAUAGGUCAGAUGUCAGGUACUUUCAAAUAAAACAGGUCAAAUAAAACUCAAAUGCCAGCACUGAGACUAUAAUGAGCUCCAUUAGGUUCAGGCUAAAGAAAUCUUGUUUCCUCUUAGUUGUUAUUGCUAGUGGCAACAGGUAGAAGCCACAAAUUUGUACAUAAACAAAAAUACUAUAUAUACAUAAUCAGUAAUUUCAACUUUAUAUAGCAGCAUCAUAGCUGUCAACUUUUGGAUUUGAAAAUAAGGGAUCAGCAGCAGCCUCACCUGUCCUGGGGAAUCUAUGGUAUAUCUAACAGUCCAGGAUAGCAGCGGGAAACGGCGCUGGAAUAAUGGGAAUUUCCAGCAAAAAAAGGGAAGGCUGACAGCUGUGGCUUGGAAUAAGGGAGUUUCACGCAAAAAAAAGGGAGGGUUGACAGAUAUGAGC